GAGACCAAGCGCGUCGGCAAGUGGGGCGACAUGCUCUCGGUCGCCAAGCGCGACCCGGGCGGCAACGCCCAGGACUGGGUCGUCUCGUCUGACUGCGGCAAGUACCGCCGCCUGCAGCGCCGCGUCUUCAAGGGCAUCCCGGACCGCUGGCGCCGAGCGGUCUGGGGCCUCAUGCUCGAGCGCAUGGCGGGCGAGGUCGAGGGCCACCGCGGCGGUGCGCCGAGCCUCGAGCGCCUGACGGCCGAGUACGAGGCGCUCGUCGCCGCGCCGUACGUCCAGGACGUGCAGAUCGACCUCGACGUCCCGAGGACCAUCUCGGGCCACGUCAUGUUCCACACGCGGUACGGCCAGGGCCAACGCUCGCUGUUCCACGUCCUGCACGCGUUCGGGCUGCGGUGCGAGGACAUCGGCGGGUACUGCCAGGGCAUGGGCUCGCUCGCCGCCACCCUCCUGUGCUACUUUGAGCCCGAGCGCGCCUACGUCGCCAUGUGUCGCCUGUUCGACCAGUACCGCCUCGCGCACAUCUUCGCGCCCGGCUUUCCCGGCCUGCACGAGGCGUGGCACGUCCAGCAGAAGCUCGUCGAGCUGCUUAUGCCGGACGUACACGCAUCCUUUGAGGAGCACUGCGUCCACCCGUCGUCCUACUCGAGCAAGUGGUACCUCACGCUCUACACCAACUCGUUCCCGUUCGCGACGCAGCUUCGGCUGUGGGACGCGCUCCUCCUCGAGGGCGUCGACGUCCUCGUCAUCAUCGCCGUCGGCAUCAUCUGGCACUUUCAGCACGAGUUCACGACGCCGAACGCCUCGUUCGAGAGCAUCCUCACGACGCUCGGCGGCUACUUCUUCGUCGAGUCGGACGACGCUCUCCUGCGGUGGGUGCGCAAGACGCUGCGCCUCAAGGGCCUGCGCGACAAGAUCAAGACGUGGAGGGCCGAGUACCGCAAGGACAACCCGCUGCCGGGCGGCGGGCACUAGCUCGCGAGCGAGCGAGCGAGAGGGCGGUCGCAGCCAGUUGGAUCCCUCUUGUCGUUACAUUCAUCGCGUCGAUUCGGCGCUGUCAUACUAUCAUCAUCGUCUCCCGA